CAAAGAUCAAAUACAUACACUUUUAAUUUUUUUUUUGUUAUUAUUACUGUUAAAGUCUUCACCUUUCCCUCUGCGCCUAAAAGCUCCAGCUCAUAUGGGCAUAUAUUCAAUCAUUCUAUAUAAUAUAAUACAUAGACGGAAGGUAUUAUAUUUAUGGCCAGUAAUGGAGAUUUUUAGCCAAGUGUAAUAGUGACUGGUGUAGAGGACCAGUGGAUGUGGAACUAGAUCAGAGCAGUUCAUAAAUCCAGUUUGAAAUUUCCCUCCAGAGUGAUAAUGGGAACUGACUCGGUUUCCAAGCUCGCAACUUUCCUUCUAUUGUUCUUGCUACUGGGUUCUAGGCUCAUACAAUGCACCGUGACCUAUGAUAGGAAGGCCAUUAUCAUCAAUGGCCAAAGGAGAAUCCUCAUCUCCGGCUCCAUACACUAUCCCAGAAGUACCCCUGAAAUGUGGGAAGAUCUUAUACAGAAAGCUAAAGAUGGAGGGUUAGAUGCUAUAGACACUUAUGUUUUCUGGAAUGGCCAUGAACCUUCUCCUGGCCAUUACAACUUUGAGGGAAGAUAUGACCUGGUAGGGUUCAUUAAGACUAUACAAAAAGUGGGAUUGUAUGUUCAUCUUCGCAUUGGACCUUAUGUUUGUGCAGAAUGGAAUUUUGGAGGAUUUCCUGUCUGGUUGAAGUAUGUUCCUGGAAUUAGCUUCAGAACAAACAAUGGGCCUUUCAAGGCUGCAAUGCAAGGGUUUACCCAGAAGAUUGUCCAAAUGAUGAAGAAUGAGAAUUUGUUUGCAUCACAAGGUGGUCCAAUCAUCCUCUCUCAGAUUGAGAAUGAGUAUGGAGGCCUGAGUCAGGCACUUGGAGCUGCUGGUCAUUCAUAUGUAAAUUGGGCAGCAGAAAUGGCUGUUGGAUUGGGAACCGGCGUUCCAUGGGUAAUGUGCAAGGAAGAUGAUGCCCCAGACCCUGUGAUAAAUGCAUGUAAUGGUUUUUACUGUGAUGCGUUCUCUCCCAACAAACCUUACAAGCCUACUCUGUGGACUGAAGCUUGGAGUGGUUGGUUUACGGAGUUUGGAGGUCCAAUUCAUCAGCGGCCAGUUCAAGAUUUGGCAUUUGCAGUUGCUCGCUUUAUACAAAAGGGUGGCUCAUAUUUCAGCUACUAUAUGUAUCAUGGAGGAACCAAUUUUGGACGCACUGCUGGAGGCCCCUUCAUUACAACCAGUUAUGACUAUGAUGCUCCAAUAGAUGAAUAUGGUUUGAUUAGGCAACCGAAAUAUGGUCACCUGAAAGGGCUUCACAAAGCUAUUAAGAUGUGUGAACGUGCUUUAGUCUCUUCAGAUCCAACUGUGACUUCAUUUGGAACCUAUCAGCAGGCUCAUAUAUUUUCUUCAGGGCCUGGAACUUGUGCAGCUUUUCUCUCCAACUAUAAUCCAAAGUCUGCUGCUGCUGUUAUAUUCAAUAAUAGGCACUAUCAUUUACCUCCUUGGUCUAUUAGCAUUCUUCCUGAUUGCAGAAUGGAAGUCUAUAACACUGCAAAAGUGGGAGUUCAAACUUCACAAAUGCAAAUGUUCCCUGCCAAUACUCAGCUAUUCUCAUGGAUGACUUAUGGUGAAGAUAUCUCUUCAUUGGCGGACAGUUCAAGAAUAACAUCUGUUGGACUUUUGGAGCAGAUAAAUGUCACCAGAGAUAAUAGUGACUAUCUAUGGUACAUAACCAGUGUGGACAUUAGUUCGUCAGAAUCAUUUCUACGAGGAGGACAGAAGCCCACCCUCGCUGUGCAUUCUGCAGGCCAUGUUGUUCAUGUCUUCAUCAACGGUCAAUUUUCAGGAUCAGCCUUCGGUUCCAGGGAAAACAGAGGAUUUACCUUUAGUGGACCAGUCAAUCUUCAUGCUGGAACUAAUAAAAUUGCGCUGCUCAGUGUAGCUGUUGGAUUACAGAACAUUGGGAUGCAUUUCGAGACAUGGAAUACAGGAAUCGUAGGUCCAGUUCUACUGCAGGGCCUUAACCAGGGAAGGAAAGAUUUGACAUGGGAAAAAUGGUCUUACCAGGUUGGCUUGAAAGGAGAGGCAAUGAAUUUGGUCUCUCCAAAUGGAGCUUCAUCUGUUGAUUGGAUGAAAGAGUCACUUGCUAUUCAGAGGCAGCGACCUUUAACAUGGCAUAAGGCCUCUUUCGAUGCACCUGGAGGUAAUGAGCCAUUGGCUUUGGACAUGCGAAGUAUGGGAAAGGGCCAAGUAUGGAUCAACGGGCAAAGCAUUGGAAGAUAUUGGAUGGCAUAUGCAAAAGGAGAUUGCAGCAGCUGUAGUUACUCUGGGACAUUCCGUUCUUCAGAGUGUCAAUUUGGUUGUGGCCAACCAACCCAGCAAUGGUAUCAUGUUCCGAGGUCCUGGAUAAAGCCGACGCAAAAUCUAUUGGUGGUAUUUGAAGAACUUGGUGGAGACGUUUCAAAGAUAUCGCUUGUAAAGAGAUCAGUAACAAAUGUUUGCGCUAAUGCAUUAGAGCACCACCAUGCUGCACAUAAUUACAGUAGUCAGAACUUUGCGCCGGAAUCAACCAUGCUUCACCACAAGGAGGUUCACCUGCACUGUGCUCCUGGGCAGACCAUAUCAACUAUCAAAUUUGCAAGUUUUGGGACUCCUUCAGGAACUUGUGGAAGUUUUCAUAAAGGGACAUGCCAUGCACCAAACUCUCAAGCCAUCGUAGAAAAGAUGUGCUUAGGGCAGAAGAGUUGCUCGGUGACUAUAAACAGUUUUGGUGCAGACCCAUGUCCGAAUGUGUUAAAGAGUUUAUCAGUUGAAGCUGUUUGUUCUACAGAGAGUAAAACUACUUAAGAAGACCAUAAGCGACGAAUCGAGAACACUAUUAGCAUGGUUAUUGCCAAGGCAGGCUCUGAAGCAACUAAAGAAGAAAACAAGAGCUAAAGCUACAUUGAAGAUUCUCCUCCAAUAUUAUGGUAUGAGGGGAAAUGGCUUUAGUCCUUUCGGGGAAGUGCCUUUGCUUGAAAGUUGAAAUGUGCACACGACAGUCAGUUCUCUUACCUUUUUCAGAGUGAAAUGGGCAAGUGGAAUAAUUUAUUUUUUUUCCUAAGAAAGUGUAAUACUGUAAUUGUUGUUAAUGUAAAGCUGCAAAGUUGUUGUUAGUAAAGCAGCAGUGGGAAUGGGUACUAUUUAUCAUGUAAAGACACUAUUGAUAUCCACUAAAUUUUUGUUAAAUCGAUAAGAGUGCUAGUUCCUUUAGUUC